AUGAGUGCGCAUCAGAUUCUCACCGGGGCCCUCAAUCGAGGUGAUCAGGUGUUCAGUGUUGGUACUGUUGAUGGCGUCAAUUUUACAGCCUGCGCAGUGGGCACGAACAUUGUGGUAUUAUCGCCUUCGUUUGAGCGCAUACAGGUGAUAACGCCGAACAGUGAAGUCAAGGGAUUGCUGGUGAAUUGUGUAGAUGCUUGUCGUGAAACUGGAAAGGUCUCCUUAGGUGCAGUCGUUUUACAGAUUGUUGCAACGUAUGGCAAUGUUAUACGUAUCUAUGAGCCGACCACACGCACCGACGACGUGAGCAGCGGUUUCCAGUACUGCUGGAUUGAGACGCACUCUCUUACCUUCAAAAGCACGGUGGAUAAAGUGCUGUGGAAUUUGCAAGGUCUAAGACUACUGAUUUGUUCCGGGGAUGUGCUUCAUCUUUAUCAGCACUCGCUUCUUUCUGCAGCAUUAACCACCAAACUGGAUGCGCCCGUGACAUUUGAAAUAAUUGAUGAGGAGAAUGAUGAAGAGGCGGAAAGUGGCUCAUCCUGGGAUUGUAUUUGGUCGCAGAAGCUAGCCGCAAGACUUAAAUUUAUGUCGUGCUCACCCGAUGGCGCAUUUUUUGCCACUUGUGGUGCUUCAGAUUGUUUGGUGAAGAUUUGGUUUCAGCGAGAAAAGGGCGAUGCUGCAUGUAAUGGUGUUUCAUUCGGCUUCAGCUACGUGCAGCACCCAUCGUCCGUGAUCGGCUUCGAAUGGCGAAAAGUGCCACGGUGUAUGUCACGGCAGUGUGUCCAGAAUGCGCUGCUGACGUGGUGUGAGGAUAAUACGGUCCGAAUCUGGAAGGAAGCAACGAACAUCGCCGGUGAUUUCCAGAUUGUGAGUAGUACAACAGAGGUUUUCAGCUUUUGUUUGACACAAUCAGAUUGUCUUCUUGUUCCAUCUCUGGGGAGUGAGGCGUCGUUUGUGGUCCACUGGCUGAACAAUAAAGAGGUUGUAUAUGAUAUUGGCGUGGAACGACUGAUGUUUGAGGCACUGAGCACUGAUCGCGGCGUCAGCAUCGAACCUUCAGACGAAACAGAGUCUCUUGGCACCUCAGAGAGUAGGAAUUUCGUUGAACCGCUGCUGCAAGCGCAAAAUUCGUUAACAGAAUCUCUGUACAGAAAAAAAGAAUCAAAUGCUACCGCUGCUGAAGGAGGAGGAAGUGGUGGGAAUGGUGAGACUGAUGGUGGAGCUGUAGCGGACAUCCUCGAUGAACUGUUGGCCAGUAAUCUAAAGGAUGUUUCCAGGGUUGUUUCUACAAGUAGUACAACAGUAAGUCCUUUAUUACAAAAGGAAUACUAA